CACUUCCCAGAACCAACCGAAAUUAUCGUCGCGAGUAUAAAUUUUCAUUUUUAUUUUUUCAACCUACUGCAGCGGUGUAAUAUACUAAAAUUCAUAUUCACCGAACGCCAGCGGUGGAAUAUUGUUAAUUUCUACUUUACCCUUGGCUGACAUUACCUGUUUGCAUCUUCAAAAUCCUGUAAAUCUGUUUCGCUGUCGUUGUGGCUGAACAAGGGAAAUCCUCCGCCGUUUACUGCUUUGGUUAUUUUUACAAUUACUUAAAAAAAAUUGACAGUAAAUUUGUUGAGAUUGAAGAAGAUUACACAAUUUUUACGGCUGCCAAAAACAAGACAUAAAUUUUAAUAUAAUAAAAAAAUAUUUUUAUUAUAUCAACGUAAUUUUAAUAAUUUGACGUCAGGAUAAGUCUGGUGUCAAAAAGUGUUUACAUGUACGACUUUCACUUUCAUCAGACUCAAAUUAGUUCUUAGAUUUUGUCGCAUGUGUGAACAGUACCUAUCAUCUUAAUACAUUCGAAGAUUGUGAUAGCAUAAAAAUAGAAAUUUAAUUUGAUUAAAAUGGCAUUUUCAGAAAAAGAAAAAAUUAACACUAACAAAAUCAAUAAUCAGAUUAAACAUGUGCCGAAGGAUGCUCAAGUAAUUAUGUCUAUUCUGAAGGAAUUGGGAGUUCAGGAUUAUGAACCUCGAGUUGUAAAUCAGCUUUUGGAAUUUACAUAUAGAUAUGUCACAUGCAUAUUGGAUGAUGCUAAGGUCUUCGCAAAUCACGCAAAGAAGAAAGUUAUAGAUGUAGAUGAUGUUAAAUUAGCUUGCGACAUGAUACUUGAUAAAGCCUUCACUAGCCCGCCUCCAAGACAUGUAUUAUCUAAGUUGGCGGAAACUCGAAACUCAAUGCCAUUACCUCCAAUAAAACCACAUUGUGGUCUUCGAUUGCCUCCCGAUAGAUAUUGUUUAACCGCUACAAAUUAUAAGUUACGCUCUAGUUCAGCUGUUAAAAAAUUGACAAAGUCAGCUUUAGAGUCCGGAAAAUCUUCAAUAAAGACACAAAAUAAAACUGCAUUAAAUUGUCUUUCAUCUGGUCAACCAACCACCAACUCAAAUACUAUUGGAUCAUCAAUAAAACGAGCGGCGCCACCCAUUUCUGCUCCCAAAACACAAAUAACUACGAUUCCCAAGCCCGUUUUCAAAUUUAGUUCGCAACAAAAACAAAUAGCUGUGAAUCCUAAUUCCAACAAGUUUCCAAAUCCGGAAGGAGGUAGUGAUGAAAUAAAAAUGGAAAUAGAUAAUGAGGAAAAUUUGAGUGCAGUCAUAAACGAUAGCAAUAACAUGGAAAUGUCUACUGAAAAUGUUACAUUGAAAAAAGAGCAAGAUGAGGACGAAUUUGAAAUAGUUCAAUGAUUUUUAUUAACAUAAUUUUCACAAAGACAAUAAAGGCAUCUUCACAAGA